GAAUUAAUCAGUGAGGGGGUUGGGCUGGGAGGAGUCACACGGCGGCAUCGCUGAGCUCUCGCUCUGUCAGUAACACAUGUCAGGGUAGAGCGAGCAGAGAGUUGCAGAGAGACGCAGGAGAGCUCAGCCUUCCCAGUUCGCUUGUGUGAUCUUGUGCAGCAGCAGCAGCAGCCCCGCUUCUUCCCCUCUCUGACAGCCCGAGAGCGUUGAGACCCGGCGGGACAGCUCAGUAUUAAUACUGUACAUUACUUGCGAGCGCUCCCCGUGCGGCCCGAGAAUAGCGCCGAGUUGAUCCGAAGCAAAGUUGCUGCUACUGGGAGAAGGAAAGGGAGGGACUGGGCUUGUGGAACUGACUGGAUCUGUGUCUGCAGCGACUGCACUGCGAGAGGGGAUCGGACCUUGCGACGUUUCAUAUCCCUACACAGAGCCAGGGGUCGGACAAGCAAACCAUUGAUCGCUAUAAAAUCAAAUGAGAUUUGAGCUGAUCCAACAAUAACGAGGGAUUGAUUAGUGCAGCCACCAGAACGAGAGACAAACCUUUGAAAUUUGAAGAACCUGCCCAGCAAGUUUGCACUCAGCCUACAUUCCCUGCACACAACCUAGAUCAUGGUGAAUCCAGGUAGCAGCUCACAGCCACCCCCUGUCACCGCGAGCACCCUCUCCUGGAAAAGAUGUGCAGGUUGUGGGGGCAAGAUUGCGGAUCGGUUUUUGCUGUAUGCCAUGGAUAGUUACUGGCACAGCAGAUGCUUAAAAUGCAGUUGCUGCCAGGCUCAGCUUGGAGAGAUCGGGACGUCUUGUUACACCAAGAGUGGAAUGAUCCUCUGCAGAAAUGACUACAUAAGGUUAUUUGGAAAUAGCGGAGCUUGCAGCGCUUGUGGGCAGUCAAUUCCAGCCAGCGAAUUGGUCAUGAGGGCACAGGGAAAUGUCUAUCACCUUAAAUGUUUCACCUGUUCUACCUGUCGGAAUCGCCUUGUCCCUGGGGACCGGUUUCACUAUAUCAAUGGCAGUUUAUUCUGUGAGCAUGAUAGACCUACAGCUCUCAUCAAUGGUCAUUUGAAUUCACUUCAGAGCAAUCCACUACUGCCAGACCAGAAGGUCUGUUAAAGUGUCCCAGUAAUACAGAAUGCGUGCCUUCAUCUCAAAUUCUGUUCAUUGCAGAUGGAUCCCAUGUGUCUGCAGUAGACAAGUCACCUUUGUAGCUAGCACUAGUGCCAGCCUCAUGCCAUUGCACCUUCUCUAUUCUCCUUUGCCCUCCACACAUUUUUUUGGUGUUUCAAGUUGACUGUUGAACAUUAAGGACGCCAUAAACCUGGGCUUAUGGGAGAGACUCUUGAAUAAAAUAAGGAGAUUCACCAGAGGAUUUCUUUGGGAGGGAUAAAUGACUGAUGAAGCGAAUUACAAGAAGACUUUCUACCCUUCUCACCAAUAACUAACCAGAGUUUGCACCCUCUGUUUUAUCUUGACAACAUUCUAAUUGCUCUUUGUAUAUUUACGUGUUGUAAGGAAAUCUGUUUCAAUCAAAUGAACAUAAGAUAAAAGGAGAGCUGUAACUUUUGUGGUACUCUUAUCACAAACACUUUUAUUGUAUCCCUGUAAAAUACAAUGUAUGUAUGCAUGUAUGUGGGAUUUUUUUUAUUUUAUAUAUAUAUUUUUUUGUUUGUUUUUGUCUUGUUGCUACUUCCCACAGCAAAAAAAAAAAAAAUGGAAAAAAAAGAAGGGAAUGGGCGGGGAGAGAAUCUGCUAUUGUGUAGAAAUUUUCACCUACUUGCUGAUUGAAGAAAUCUUUUAUUUGUGAUAUUUUCAGAGACAUUUGCUCUAGUAUGGUGUAUUUAAAUAAUAAAAGAAUAAAUGCUA